AUGGCAGAGUCUUACUGUUUUAGCUGGAGAUUGGAGUCGAAAUCCACCUUAUCUAUUGAAAGAUCCCAAUCUCCGAUUGGCGAAUUGGUAACUGAAGUUGGAGCGGAAUCAGAUUCCGGCGUUCUUGCAUUAUUGUCUAUUCCAAAGCCGGACGACGUCGCCGGAGAUAUCGAUGCAGGAAGUAAUAAUUCAAAUGAUGUCAAAGAUGAAAGCAGAAGGCAAUUAGUGAUUGAUAUACCAGACAACUUAGAGGAUUUACUAUCGCAGCCAGCUUUAUGGCCAGAAAUUUGUAUCUACAAAAUUCCAAGAAAACUUCGAGCUAUAAAUCCGUCAGCCUACACUCCUCAAAUGAUUUCCAUAGGCCCUUUUCACCACAAUGAAAAAUCAUUGAAACCUAUGGAGAAGCACAAACUGAGAUAUUUGGCAGAAUUCUGCAGAAGGACUGGCAAGACUUGGGUUGAGCUUGAAAACAAAAUUAGAGAAUACGAAUUAAAAAUCCGUCACUGUUAUGAUCAAACAUUUGAGCAGUAUGAACAGAACAUGUUUGUAAGAAUGAUUCUAUUGGAUUCUGUGUUCAUCAUCGAAUUUUUCUUGAAAAGAGAGACAACAGAAGAAUCAGAAGAAUAUAAAGCUGAUUAUAUAUUAGGAAAACCAUCUAGCGAAGAUGCCAUAUUAGAAGAUUUGAUAUUGCUGGAAAAUCAGCUGCCUUAUUUUGUGCUUGAGAAUUUAUAUGAAUUUGCUACUGGAAAUUCUGCUACUGGAAAUUCUGAUUAUUCCUACAAAACAUCCAGUGGUCAAAGAAUGAUGCUUAUUGAAAGUCUUUAUAGUGCUACAAAGUUACACGAGGCAGGAGUCAAGUUUAAGGUGGAUAAAAAGGCGUGGCCUCUUGAUAUAAAAUUUGAAAGGGGAGAAUUGAAAAUGCCAAGAUUUGAAGUUCACGAUGGCACAGAACGAUUGAUAAGAAAUCUGAUGGCUUUUGAGCAGUGUCACUAUCCAAACGAUCCUUACAUAUGUGAGUAUAUAUUGAUAUUAGAUUUUCUAGUAGAUACUGAGAGAGAUGUGGAAUUGCUUAUUCAAAAUGGUAUUAUCACUAAUUUGCUUGGGGAGUGCAAAUCAGUGGCUAGGAUGGUGAAUAAGCUUUGUCUUGAAAUUACAACAUCUGGGUCUUGUUUCUUGGGUCUUGUUUCUAUGGAGUAA